GUGGGUCCGUCAUAUUCAUUCACAUGUUCUGCUAAACUCAGCAGCCAUUCUUCCCCCUUACAAACAAAUUCAUAAAACCAUCCUAAGAUAAGAAAUCGUCUAGGACGCCAAAUGGCUUAUCAACAUGGCAAAAAAAGGCAAGGAAAAGGCAUCAGCAGCACCUCCAGCUGCUGCUGCGGCUGCCAGCUCAUCAUCAAAGAAGUCUUCCUCAUCUAAGGCUUCUAAGGCUACUAAAAAUACCGCCACCUCACAGCCAAAUGACGAUUUCAUAGUAUUCACUAAUUCUACAAAGGACACAAAGUCUAAUAAGAAGACUGGAGCAGGGGGUUCUUCAAAUACAGGAGGGAAGAAACCUGAAGGCGACGAUGCCGCGGCGGAGCCCCCUGGGCCUCCGAAGCCAACAGUGAAGCAGAUCAUCGGUGGAGCUAGCUGGACCGGAAAAUUGCCUGUAAACCUACUUUCGGAACACUGUCAAAGACAGAAGUGGGACAAGCCCGACUAUCAACUUAUGCGAAAUUCGGAGGGCAUCUCAUACUUCGUUCAACUAAGCGCAAAACACCCCAAGACCCAUGAGGUCCAGAAGGUGCCCCCCUUCAAGAUACCUCCGGACUAUAAACACCUUGUAAUUAGGGAAACGCCUCUCGAGGCUAGACAUGCCGCAGCUACCUAUGCUCUGUUUAGGGUCUGUAGUAUGAAGAACAUUCAUACCACUUUACCCCCGGAUUAUAGGGCAAUGUGGAAACAAUUCGAAGCACUAAAGAAGGAAGAUGUAAAGAAGGGCAAUGCCUGGCUGUACGAUGCAGAUCCCUUCGCCACCUUGAAACAGCGAGAUGAUGAAAAAGUUGCUGCCGAGAAGAAGCGAAAGGAACAGGAAGCCAUCAGGGAAAAGGCAAGAAACAUGCCGGGUGCAUCUGGUCUGGUUCUGCGAAGCAACGCUUCAUCUUCUUCGGGUGGAGGUGGAAAUCCCAUGAAAGGAUGGACUACAAUUCCCAAAGUUGAGAUGGGUCGAAAGACACGCUCUCAAUUAGAGGACCUGCUACGGCGAGAGGUCAUAUGGAAUCCUCACGAUGUGAAGAUGUCCAAUGCGCAGAAAGAAGCUAUUAUCAAGGAACUUACUAACUCCGGCUUUCGAAAAACUCACGUGGAAGAAGCUGUCGAUGAAUGUAAAGAUCGCGAAGAGACUCUGGAAUGGCUACUUAUACAUGUCCCAGAGGACGAUCUACCAAGAUGGGCAUUGCCAGGGAGUUACAGUGCGGGCGUCUCAGUUGCUGCGACGCAAGAUCUUAGACGUGAGGCAGCAGUAAAACGGCUGUCACAAACUGGAUAUUCGGCCGAACUAUGUAGGAAAAUUUACGACGAGAAAGGCGGAAAUGAAGGGCUUACUGCUGAAGCCCUGCAACACUUUUUGCUUUCUAGCGGUAACGAUUCGGAGAGUAGCCCUGCAGAGGAACCUCUGAUAUUUGGUACGCCAGAGGAAUGUUGGAGUGAUGAAAUGGAGAGUCUUGCAUCCGUAUUUGGUGAGAACUACCAACGCCUAUCUGACGACGUUUGCCAAAUUCGCGUCGAAUCUGUCAAAAAUGGCCCCAAGUCAGAUGUCGAAACGCAUGUACAGUUCCGCAAGUCUCCAAAAUAUCCGGCAGAGAUAGUGGUAUCCGUCUUGGCAGACCUACCUUCUUACAUCAAGCUCAGCGUGGUUAAGAAAGCACUUGCCCAUCUCAACGAGUCUCUAAGCGACGAGCCGAUGAAGAUUUACUUUGCCGUUGAUUGGAUCCAACAGCACAUCAACACCAUAAUUGAAAACCCCGGGAAGCUGCGAGAGAUAUCUGGCGUGGCGUCGACUGCAGCAGAAACACGUCAUAUUGCCCCCGUCAAGCGAAAGGUCGUUCGGCAUCCGAAGCCACUUUCUUGGACUGUAGAUGCACAGAGCAAAGAAGCAUGGCGAAAUAGGCAAGGAAGCCCUGCUCUAAAAGAGAUGUUGGCUCAACGCCAGAAGCUCCCCGCAUGGGAAGCCAAGGACUUGGUUGUAGAUACGGUUUUAGAAAACCAAGUCACUAUCAUUGCCGGUGAAACAGGCUCUGGAAAGUCUACGCAAUCGGUCCAAUUCAUCCUCGAUGACCUCUAUAGCAAAGGAUUUGGAAAUGCUGCAAGUAUUAUAUGCACACAACCACGUCGAAUUUCCGCUCUUGGCCUUGCCGACAGAGUAAGCGAAGAACGCUGUUCGAAGGUUGGCCAAGAGGUGGGUUAUACAAUCCGUGGUGAAAAUAAGACAAGUCAUCAGACCAAGAUUACCUUCAUGACUACUGGUGUGCUUCUCAGGCGCCUACAGACGUCUGGUGGAAAGACUGAUGAUGUGGUUGCUUCGUUGGCUGACAUCAGCCACGUGGUCAUUGACGAAGUUCACGAACGUAGUCUGGAUACCGAUUUCCUUUUGAGCAUUAUUCGCGAUGUAUUAAAGAAAAGAAGAGAUCUGAAGCUCGUCCUCAUGAGUGCCACGCUCGAUGCGGCAACGUUUCAGGGGUAUUUUACUUCCGAGGGACUGCAAGUCGGACUGGUCGAGAUCUCGGGCAGAACUUACCCCGUUGAGGACUACUACCUCGAUGAUAUCAUCCGUAUGACAGACUUUUCCGUGGAUACUAGUAGGUAUCGUGAUCGUGAUCGGGAUGAGGGGAUGUUUGACAACACCAAUCCAACGGGCCAAAGUGCUAGCGAUAAGGCGGCACAAGAUCCGAUUAAUAAGAUCAUCCAAAAACUAGGCUCUAGAAUUAACUAUCUCUUACUGGCAGAGACUGUAAAGGCCAUUGAUGAAGAUUUAUCCUACGGCGGUAAGAAGGGCGGGAUUCUCAUCUUUUUGCCUGGUGUGGCAGAGAUCAACCGGACGGUAAACCAGCUCAGAUCCAUUUCGUCGCUUCACGUAUUGCCUCUUCACGCCUCUCUUGAUACACGGGAGCAGAGAAGGGUAUUCACGAAUCCUCCUCCUGGGAAGCGAAAGAUUGUGGUUGCGACAAACGUGGCAGAGACGUCAAUUACAAUUGACGACAUCGUUGCUGUGAUCGACACGGGCAAGGUAAAGGAGACAAGCUUUGAUCCCCAAAACAACAUGCGCAAACUUGAGGAGACAUGGGCUUCUCGCGCCGCUUGUAAACAACGUCGAGGACGUGCCGGAAGAGUACAAGCUGGCAAGUGCUACAAGUUGUACACCGAGGCGCUCGAGGAGCGUAUGGCAGAGCGCCCGGAGCCUGAGAUCCGUCGUGUUCCCCUCGAACAACUCUGCCUAUCAGUUCGAGCUAUGGGUACUAGAGAUGUCGGUGGAUUCUUGGGGAGAACCCCAACACCGCCCACUGUAUCUGCUGUUGAGAAUGCCGUCAAGAUGUUGCAGCGGAUGGGUGCACUGGAUGGCGAAGAGCUAACGGCCCUCGGCCAGCAGCUAGCCAUGAUUCCUGCCGACCUUCGUUGUGGAAAACUCAUGAUCUACGGCGCGAUCUUUGGAUGUCUCGACGAAAGCACCACCAUCGCUUCGAUCUUGAGCACCAGGAGCCCAUUCCUUUCUCCACCAGAUAGGCGAGAUGAGGCCAAAGCCGCUCGCAUGCAGUUUUCCAGGGGAGAUGGUGACCUUCUCACCGACUUGAGAGCUUGCCAGCAAUUCAACAAAAUGAUGGAUGAAGGAACGCCGCAGCGCAGUCUCCGACAAUUUUGCGACGAGAACUUUCUCUCGUACAACACGCUCAUGGACAUCUCAGCAACGCGGACGCAAUACUAUUCCUCUCUCGCCGAGCUGGGCAUACGGGAGAGCCGCCCAGCAGGCAGUCAUGCAUCCUUGGCUCUGAUCCGAGCUCUGACAGCAUCGGCGUUCACGCCCCAGAUAGCGCGCAUCCAGUUUCCGGACAAGAAGUUCGCGUCUUCUAUGUCGGGCGCUGUGGAACUAGACCCCGAGGCCAGAACGAUUAGGUAUUUCACCCAGGAGAAUGGCCGUGUCUUCAUCCACCCCUCCAGUACGCUACACGACAGCCAGGGGUUCUCGGGCAAUGCCGCUUUCAUGUCUUACUUCAAUAUGAUGGCCACGAGCAAAGUAUUCAUCCGGGACCUUACACCGUUCAAUGCCUUCACGCUCCUCCUAUUCUCAGGGGCCAUCGAGCUCGACACCCUUGGCAGGGGCCUCGUGGUCGAUGGCUGGUUACGACUACGUGGAUGGGCGCGUAUCGGCGUCCUGAUUUCGAGGCUCAGGGGCAUGGUAGACAACAUCAUCGCGCUGAAGGUCAACGACCCGCACGCGGAUGUGCACGAUAACGAGGUCAUUAGAAUGGUGGCAAAACUUAUAGAGCUAGAUGGGUUGGAUGCUUGAGCGACGCUGGGAUAUGUGGAUGAACCUAUACACUGAAAUAACGUUGCAUCUAGUCAGGAGGUUAGAAGUUGGAAGUAGGUACAUACAUAUCUAGGUAGGCAAUCAACUAACCUACGACUCUUGGAAUAGGCAGACUGUGUUACUGCCCCUUUUUGUUGUUGGUCUGUGAAUCUGAUUUGGUGAAGCGUGUUCAGUGUGUAGUACUAGGUACCUACCUAUGAAAUGUUCUGGGUCGACACUAUAGAAAAAUACCUAGGUGCCUACCUACUUGUUGUAGGUGUGUUUUGGAGGGGGGGCUUGUCCGUUUUCUUAGGUACCUACCUACCUAUUUGACGAAACACUUGAACCAUUAUAGGGGGUUUAGGUGUGGUAUACAAGAUGAGUGUUACUUGAGUAGAUUGAUGUCGGG